AUGAUAUUCAAUAAUCAUAAUAAUAUCAACGAACUAACAAUAAUAAAAGAAGACAAUAGCUUUCAACAACAAAUAAAUCAGCAAUCAUUAACACAAGAUCUUGAACAAAAUCGAGAAUCACUCAAACGAAAAUUACAAAUACGUCGAUCUUUUCAACAACUUGUUGAUGUUGGUAUUAUACCAUUAUCAUUUUAUGAACAACAAAAACAAGUACAAAUGCAAAAAACACAAUAUAUAUUAAAAAAUAAAAUUCUUUCUCGUCCUGAUCGUCAAUUAUUAAUUGAACAUAAUAUAUUAUCCGAUACAAUAGCUGCACCAGCUAUACAAAAUACACAACGUCAGCUAAAACGUGCUCGUCUAGCUGAUAAUCUUAAUGAUAAAUUAUCCGUACGUCCAGGCAUAUUAGAAUUAGUAGCAAAUAAUAUAUUUGAAAUAGAUUCUAAUCUUCAACAAGCUAUACAAGAUGGACAUAUUCAAUAUCCAAGUGUAUCACGACCAUUACAUAAAAAAACAUCAUCAUUUUCAUCCACAACAACAACAACAGUCAAACGUUCAUUAAAUUCAAUAUCAAAAUCAAAAUCUUGUUUAACAUUUCAUGAAUAUAAAGGACCAUCACAAAAAGCUGAAGUAACAAAAGUUCCAUUACAAUUCGAAUAUAGUCAUUAUGAUGUUCAAUUAAGGCAACAACAAUUAUUUCUCGAACUUAUUCAUACUAAUAAAAAUCAUACGAUAGAAAAUCUUUUUCAACAAUCAUUUGAAACAAUGAAAUUAGCAGAUUUAAAAAAUGUAUGUAGAAAAUUAAAUAUCAGUUCAACUGGAACAAAAAUAAAAUUAAUUGAAAAAUUAAAAAAUGCUCAAUUAAAAAUGUCAGAUACAACAAAUGGUCUAUCUCAAUUAUCAAAUACAUCAUUACCAACUAUCAAACUUUUAUUAUCAACAUCAUCAUUAAAUGAUCAACAACAACAACAACAGAACUCAUUUGAAUUAGAAAAUCAAUUUUCUUUACUUGCUCAAUCGAAUAAUAAUUCUACAAAUACUCAACCAAAAUGUAAUUCUGUUCAAAAACAAAUACUUAUACAACAACAUCCAAAUGUAUCGUUAACACCUGAAUCUGUCGCACAAUUUCUUGUUCAAUCACAAACAUCAUGCGAAUCAAUAAAUAAUAAUAUUAUUCUAAAUCAAUUGGAUGAAUAUUUCGAUUCUACAUCUUCAUUGCCUAUAGAUUAUAUGGAAAUAUCAAAUAUAGUUGAUAAUAAUACAGAUUUCACACAAUUUCUUAAUGAUCAACAUCAUAUGUUUUUCGAUUCAUUUGAUCUUUUUUCUCCAUCAAAUUCAAUGAUUUAA